CGGAAGGGGAGAGGAGCCGACGUGGCCAAUUCGGGCCAUACACUUGAGCCUUGCAGAUAUUUUGUGCCAUAUCUUUCUGUAAUAAUUACGAUUUCUAGUAGCCAUUGGAUGGGAAGGCGGUUAAAGGGAGACUUUGAUUUUCCACCGUCGGAUCACUGCACCACCAAAUAUGGAAGAGAUAUUUUUAUUUUUUAGGGAAGAAAUUGGUGCUGUGUACUCUUGAGUCUAGACAGACAGCAUAAUCUUUGCUUUUCUUACGAUUUAUCUUUCGAUUCGGCUGAGAGCCCAUUAUAGGGAAAGUACUAGGUUUAGGUUUUCCAGUUAAGGAAAAUGGGUGAAGUAGUGGUGAGCGGCGACGGCGGCGCCGCCGCAAUGGAACUGGAAACAGAGGAGGUGGAAGUGGUGGAGGCGCCGGCUUCCGCCGCCGCCGCAUCGGCGGUGAGGUGGGAGAGAUUCUUGCCGAAAAUGGUGCUCAGAGUGUUAUUGGUGGAAGCUGAUGAUUCUACAAGGCAGAUUAUUGCCGCUCUUCUCAGAAAAUGCAGCUAUAAAGUUGCUGCAGUUCCUGAUGGUUUGAAGGCAUGGGAGGUGUUAAAAGGAAGGCCAAGAAAUGUAGACCUCAUAUUGACAGAAGUUGAUCUGCCAUCAAUCUCUGGAUAUGCUCUUCUUACCCUAAUUAUGGAGCAUGAAAUCUGCAAAAACAUUCCUGUUAUAAUGAUGUCUGCACACGAUUCGGUUAGCACAGUCUACAGAUGCAUGCUGAGAGGUGCAGCGGACUUUCUUGUCAAGCCCGUGAGGAAAAACGAGCUGAGGAACUUGUGGCAGCAUGUAUGGAGGAGACAAGCUACGAGCAAAAGCGGGCAAGGACCUGGUGAUGAGAGCGUUGCGCAAUUGAAGGUUGAAGCGACAGCUGAAAACAAUGGUUUUAGUAAUCAUUCGAGCGGGUAUAAGGCUUGUAUUGAAAGGAACAGAGAAUGCAUUGAAAAAGGAAGUGAUGCUCAGAGUUCUUGUACUAAGCCAGAGAUGGAGACUGGGGAAGAAAACACGAAACAUAUCCAGGAAUUUGGACAGCCGGAUUGGAACAAACCUCGUCCAGCUGAUGCAGAUAUGCAGAAGGAAGAGCAAAAUCACGAUGCAGGCACGAAACUGAGGAAUCCCAGCGAUCAAGUGGAAGGCACAGGCUAUAAUGCUGCUACAGUGGCGAGCGGAGAAGACAGGAGUUCUAAUGAGAAUUGCUGUCAUCCUCAAGUGAUUGGUCAAACUUCUGAUGAAGAUCCUGCGAUCAUGAAUUCUUGUAAACGCGCCAUUGAUUUGAUCGGGACCUUUGAUAAUCAUGGAAUAUGCACUUACGUUUCUGGCUCGAAUAUUAGUGCGAACAACAAGGUUGAUUCUCCACCCCUGCUCGAGCUUUCCUUGACAAGGUAUCCUAGUGGCUCUGUCAACCAAUUUCCAGAUGAGAAGCACAAGUUAAACCAUUCAGAUGCAUCAGCCUUUACUCGGUACGUGAGCAAGGGGGUGCAGCCCCGAGACUUGAUAUCCCCAAAGAACAAAGAAAGCGAAACCGACUCUGAUAAGCGCUUGUCUGUUCACAACCUCGAUUACAAUUCUGACACUCAUGGUCCAACAGCGAGCUCUCACAGACUUGUUCCACCGACAAAUUUUGAAUCUGGACAGGCUGAAACUCGACUUCCAUCCCCCGGGCAGAGAGUAUUGAGUGCCCCGAUUCCAGUAAGAGGUGUGAGGUUUGAGGGGCUAAGUAAUGCCUACAGCUUCAUGACAUCUCCGAUGCAGAGUCCUGGAUCGGCUGGCCAUCAGAAUUCUCCACGUCAGGCAAACACAUUUCAUCGCUUGAAUCAUCAAACUAUAAAUUCUCAGCAGCGUCACAGUGUAAUUGAGCAGAAUGUCAAUACUGUCUCCACUCAGACCGAGUACAAACAAGGUUAUCAGUCAGAACCUGACCGGGGACAUUUUUCUUCUGCUACUGAUCAAAGCGCAAAUAGCAGCCUGUGCAACGGUGUUGUUAACUGCCAUUACACUGGUGAUGGGAGCAAUGGCAGAAUCCCGGUUACAAUGAUCAAAUCUACAGCAGAGUAUAGGAACGACGAAGCUUCUGUUGUUCAAGAUGCAAACUCUCAGAGGUCACAACGAGAAGCUGCACUCAACAAAUUUCGCUUGAAGAGGAAAGACAGAUGUUAUGAGAAAAAGGUAAGAUACGAAAGCAGGAAAAAGCUUGCAGAGCAGCGUCCACGAGUGAAGGGACAGUUUGUUCGUCAAUUGCCAAGUGAACCACCACCAGGAGACACAUAAGCAGGUUAGCAAUACAAAUCAUCAGCGCAGCUUGUUUCAAUGAAGGAGAGAACAGACCAUAUAAUAAGGCAGUCCAGCUCUUGAAACUCCCUGUCAUGCCAGGUCUGGGGAAGGGCAGUUACCACCCUCGAUGUUAUAUAACGACGACAGCAUGUACUUAUUUGGAGUUGCCAGAAUAUUGUAUAUUUGUUUUGCAAGGGUUCCCAUGGCAGUAUAGGUUUGCUGUAUAGAUGAGCUUUCCGAUUGACACAUAGGCUAGCCUCUAGUUAGAAUAUGGAUAUUGUCGUUGGAGUUGUUCUUUCAUUCCUUGCUAACUUGACUACUGCAUGUAACUCUAAUCUGAUGAUGUAUCAUACUGAAACCUUAUAGAUCAGCACUUGUUAGCCAGAAUUUGAACAGUUAUAUUUGUUUUGUCAAAAUAAAUAAGAAAGAAUUGUCUUUUCCA